GUUUCCAUACUUAUUACCUACGACGCUUCCUCUACCAAAUUGUCAACUAAGCCACAACUAUAUAUAGCAGCCUUAGGAAUAACUAACUCCCAUCACAUAUAUGAUAUAUAUACAUCUCUGAUACUAAGGAAAAAGAUUAAAAAAUGAAAGGGUCAAGUUAUUCAGGCUAUAAAAGUUUUAUAGCUUUUGUGGUCAUGGCAUGUUUAGCAGCAGCCGCUUUAGCAGGAAACUUCUAUGACGAUAUGGACAUAACUUUUGGCAACGAACGCGCUAAAAUAUUUAACGGCGGUCAGGAUCUCUCACUUUCACUUGACAGAUAUUCAGGUUCUGGUUUCCAGUCCAAGAAUGAGUACCUAUUUGGAAGGUUUGAUAUGCAACUGAAGCUAGUCCCUGGCAACUCUGCUGGCACAGUCACAACCUUUUAUUUAUCAUCACAAGGUGCUGGACAUGAUGAGAUUGACUUUGAGUUCUUGGGUAACUCAUCUGGGAAUCCAUAUACAAUCCACACCAAUGUAUACGCACAAGGGAAAGGUGACAAAGAACAGCAGUUCCACCUCUGGUUCGACCCGACUGUAACAUUCCAUACCUACACUAUUAUAUGGAACUCUCAAAGAAUCAUAUUCAUGAUAGACAAUAUUCCAAUAAGGGUGUUCAAUAACAAUGAAGCUUAUGGAGUCCCGUAUCCUAAGAGCCAACCCAUGAGGGUGUAUGGAAGCCUGUGGAAUGCAGAUGACUGAGCAACCCAAGGUGGACGUGUGAAGACUGACUGGACAAAAGCACCUUUCACUGCUUCCUACAGGAAGUUUAAUGCUGAUGCAAACAUUAUUGGUCCUAACCAAAAGUCCACAACCUCUGAGAAUAACAAGGCAUGGAGUACUCAAGGACUUGAUGCAGCAGGACGAAACAGGAUUCGGUGGGUGCAGAGUAAAUACAUGAUUUACAACCAUUGCAAUGACAUCACACGCUUCCCCGGUGGUCUUCCUACUGAAUGCAAGCGCUCAAAAUUUCUAUAACGUAUUUGUUUGUUAAUAUAUGUUUAUGAGUAGUUGUCAUUCGGUGAUUCACUGUAAACACACUUAAAG